CCGACGUCAAUCAUAUGCUCGGUAUAGCUUCAGUUCUUCUCUUCCCACAGUUCGUGGCCUCUCUUAUUUUCUCUCAACGAAACAUUCCACUCAAGCCGAAAGUCGAGCCACAUUUCUGCUCUUCUAAACACCUCCACCUAGAGUCUGAGAAAGCUAGCUAGCACAAAAGACUAGUUACUGCGCGCUCAGAUUGACGAAUCGAUUUGGGAUACCACAUAGUCGAAAGAGCUGUGCACAUAUACACAAUGCCAGAGGAGCUGAGAUAUGACGGCCAGACCGUUGUGGUGACGGGAGCUGGUGGCGGUCUCGGAAAAGCCUAUGCUACAUUCUUUGGCGCACGAGGUGCCAAUGUCGUUGUGAACGACUUGGGCGGUGGCUUCAAAGGCGACGGCAGUGGUAGCGCCAAGGCAGCUGACACCGUUGUCGAUGAGAUCAAGAAGGCCGGUGGUAACGCUGUACCAAACUACGACAGCGUCGAGAAUGGCGAUAAGAUCAUUGAGACCGCUAUCAAGGCCUUCGGUCGUAUUGACGUACUCAUCAACAAUGCCGGAAUCCUGCGAGAUAUAUCGUUCAAGAAUAUGAAGGACGAGGACUGGGAUUUGAUAAUGAAGGUCCACGUCUUCGGAGCAUACAAAUGCGCACAUGCCGCAUGGCCGCACUUCAAAAAACAAAAAUAUGGACGUAUCAUUAACACUGCAUCCGCGGCCGGUCUGUUCGGAUCUUUUGGACAAACCAACUACUCCGCUGCUAAGCUUGGUCUUGUUGGCUUUACGGAAACCUUGGCUAAAGAGGGUGUCAAGUACAACAUAAUCUGCAAUGUUAUUGCACCUAUUGCCGCCUCCCGUAUGACUGCUACUGUGAUGCCACCAGACGUUCUUGAGAACCUCAAGCCUGAAUGGGUUGUUCCACUUGUAGCUACCUUGGUACACAAGAACAACACCAGGGAGACUGGCUCUAUCUUCGAAGUUGGUGGUGGCCAUGUGGCCAAGCUCCGAUGGGAGCGUGCAAAGGGUGCUUGCCUCAAGGCCGACGAGUCCAUGAACCCUGGUGCUAUCCUUGCCCGCUGGGACGAAGUGGUCAACUACAAGGAACCUCAAUAUCCAUCGGGCCCUGCAGAAUUCAUGGAUCUGCUCGAGCAAGCGAACCAAAUGCCCACGAAUAAGCAGGGUGAAGAUGUCAACCUGAAGGGCAAGGUUGUGGUCAUCACAGGUGCUGGUGGUGGCCUAGGUCGCGCAUAUGCUCUGCAAUUCGCCAAGGCAGGCGCUAAGCUCGUUAUUAACGACUUGAUGAACCCCGAUGCUGUCGUUCAGGAGAUUCAGAAGCUUGGCGGAGAAGCUGUUGGAGACAAGAACAAUGUCGAAGACGGUGAGGCGGUGGUGAAGACUGCGAUUGAUAAGUAUGGUCGCAUUGAUAUCCUAAUCAACAACGCUGGUAUCCUCCGCGACAAGGCCUUCCACAAUCAGACCGAGGAUCUAUGGAACUCCGUCAUGAACGUCCAUCUACGUGGAACCUACAAGGUCACGAAGGCUGCCUGGCCCUACUUCCUCAAGCAAAAGUACGGUCGUGUGAUCAACACUGCCUCUACUAGUGGUAUCUACGGUAGCUUCGGUCAGGCCAACUACUCUACUGCCAAGAUUGGUAUCCUAGGGUUCUCACGUGCGCUCGCCCGUGAGGGCGCAAAGUACAACAUUUAUGUCAACACGAUCGCACCAAACGCAGGCACGAAUAUGACGAGAACCAUCAUGCCUGAGGAGGUCGUACAAGCUCUCAAGCCCGACUUUGUCGCUCCCAUGGUCCUUCUGCUCGCCUCGGACAAGUGCCCUGAGCCGACCGGCGGGCUCUACGAAGUCGGUUCUGGCUGGCAAGCUCAGACAAGGUGGCAACGAAGUGGUGGUCACGGCUUCCCCAUCGAUGUCACCCUUACCCCUGAGCAUGUCCUCGAGAAGUGGGAGAAGAUCAUCAACUUCGACGAUGGUCGUGCGGACCACCCUGGUGACUCCAACGCUGGCCUGGAGGCCAUCCUGGCCAACUUCAAGAACCGUAGCAACGGUUCAGGUGAUGAUGACGAGGAGGACUACAAUGCCAAGAUUGAGCAAGCGAAGAGUGCAAAGGCCGACGGCACACCAUUCGAGUACACCGAGAAGGACGUCAUCCUAUACAAUCUAGGCCUUGGUGCCAAACGCACCGACCUUCCCCUCGUAUUCGAGAACGACGAGAACUUCCAAGUCAUCCCAUCCUUCGGUGUUAUACCUCCUUUCAACGCUGCGACCCCCUAUGAUAUCGCCAGUAUCGUACCUAACUUCUCCCCUAUGAUGCUGCUACACGGCGAACAAUAUCUCGAGAUCAAGAAAUACCCCAUCCCAACUGAAGCCAAGCUCGUUUGCUACCCCAAGCUUGUCGAAGUCGUCGACAAGGGUGCCGCUGCUAUCGUCGUGGCAGGUGCCACCACCAAAGACGCAAACACUGGUGAAGACGUUUUCUACUCCGAAUCCUCAGCAUUCAUCCGCGGAUCUGGAGGCUUUGGUGGCCCCAAGAAGGGCACUCAGCGUGGUGCCGCAACUGCAGUUCACCAGCCGCCCAAGCGUGCUCCCGAUGCGACUGUCGAGGAGAAGACGACCGAGGAGCAGGCCGCUGUCUACCGGUUGUCAGGUGACCGCAACCCGCUACACAUCGACCCCGAGUUCAGCAAGGUCGGUGGCUUCAAGGUGCCAAUUCUGCAUGGCCUGUGCUUCUUCGGCAUCUCGGCCAAGCAUAUCCUACAGAAGUAUGGUGCGUUCAAGAACAUUAAGGUGCGCUUCGCAGGCACAGUGCUGCCUGGUCAGACACUGAGCACGGAGAUGUGGAAAGAAGGAGAUAAGGUCAUUUUCCAGACGAAGGUCGUGGAGACAGGAAAACUGUGCAUUGCGGGUGCAGGCGCGGAGUUGUUAGGUCAGAGCAAGGCCAAACUAUGAGGAGGAUGUGAAUUUAUUGUUCCUUUAUGUAUGACUGUCAUACGAUCUAGAUGCAUAUCAUGUAAAUAAAUCUCGAAAUAUCUACGUUAUAGCCUUACCAUACUUGAACCCGCUAUGCAAAUGCCUAUAAAAUG